AUUGACGUCACGGGUCGCGAUUUUAUCAUAGUAUAAUGAAUUGUUUAUUUAUAAAUAAAAAAGUUAUUUAUUAACAUUGGAGAGCAAAGAGAGAAAAAGUCGAAAACCAGCAAGAAGAGAGAAAAAGAAUUUUCUUCUCGCAGGCACGACGAACGGCGCUGUUGUUUUCCGUAAUCCGUUUCUGGUUUCUCGCGCGCGCGCCGCUGCAGCUCUAUAGUCUAUUCCACUCUUGUAUUUGCCCGUCUGCCGUGUAUUUGCCGGCCCGUCUCUAAUCCGUCUCCCAUUCUGCCGUCGUCGUCGUCGUCGUCUUCUCAGUUCCGGAUCUUCAUCGCCACACUACGCGAUACGAAGACUUCCUGGAGGCUGCUUACCUACCCAUACUGACCGCUGUGGUCGCUUAAACGUUUUCGUUUGUGACACACUAGUGUUCCCGAGGCCUAAGGUUCAAACAAUGGCCGAUCAGAGGUUCUGUUUGCGGUGGAACAACCACCAGCCUAACCUGGUCAACGUCAUGACGGGCCUGUUGAACAGCGAGAUGUUUGUGGACGCCACAAUCGCCGCCGAAGGCCGGAAAAUACAAGUGCACAAAGUCGUGUUGUCUGCAUGCAGCAGUUAUUUUCAAAUGCUUUUCAAUGAAACACCUUGUCAACAUCCAAUAAUCAUCAUCAAAGACAUGUCUUAUAAUCAUUUAAAAACAUUAAUUGAAUUUAUGUAUUAUGGCGAAGUUAACAUCUCUCAAGAUCAACUCCCAAUUAUUUUAAAAGCAGCAGAAAGCUUACAAAUAAAAGGGUUGACAGAGAAAACCAUGUUUCCAUUUGCUACAACACGACAUGCAGAAACUGAAUAUAGUUUGUUAUCACCCUCGGCAAAACGAAAAAAAAUGCAUCUCAUGAAAACAUCCAGUGAUAAAUCUGAACAUAACAGUUCUAUCGAAGAUAUAUCAGUAACUGAACAAGAUAAUAUGUCAACUAGAUCUCAACCUACAUCACAAGGACAAGAAACAUCAAAACCUAUUAGUAGUGUAAGCAAACAAUCUUCUACAGAUAAUCAUUCAACAAUUGUUCAUCACAAACCAGAAGGUUGGUCGUUUUUGGAGCAGCUCUCUGAUUGCCCGCCUCACAGUGUCUACGCCAUACCCAAAGCCAAAGCAGUAUCCAAACCAGAGAAUAAAGUACGCAAAAAACGAGAACCCGGCAUACGGGAGAGUGAUCGUUUUAAAGAAGCUCUUGAAGCUGUACGUGUGGGCCGUAUGGGAUUUUGUCGUGCUGCUCAAGAGUAUGGAAUAAAUAACCGUACCUUGUGGCUCGAGUACAAAAAAAAAGGUUAUCCUGUUCAUCGAAAAGGUCAGUCUUCAUCGUCUAUUCCAGUACCCUCGCCAGCAUCAUCAAUCAAUGGUCAAUCAUCGGAACAAGUGUAUCAAGCACCACUGUAUGAACCUUCAACAUCUCAAACUUCGGCAGUUGAUCAUCCUGCUUAUGUUUCACAAAUGUAUUCACAGCCUCUGACAGUGAUUAACCCAUGCUAUUAUUCUUCACCAGCACCUUCAAUAUUUUCAACAGACAACCAUACAUAAAUAACUGAUUAAUUUAAUUAUUAAAAAAUCAUAUUUUUAUUUUGUUUCCUUUUAUUUUAGUUGAUAAUUUCACUCAUGCUGGUUUGCACAAAUAGUUUAUAAUUAUAAUUUAACGAUUCAUUAAUAUUUGAUGACACAUCACAGUCAUCACAGUUCAUUUUUUAUUAUGUUUAAGGGAUUGUUAAGUAUUUAAUGACUCGUUAAACCUCUGAAACAGAUGAUUGUGCAAUCUGGUGUUAAACUUAAAUUAUUUAUUUGUAUAGAAAUUAAAAUUAUAAUAUAUUAUUAGGUUUAAUUUGAUUUGUAUAA